AUGUCGAGAGUAGCGCUAACAGUGUUAUGUUGGCUCCUGUUAAUUUUCAAAGAAACUCAAACCGCCGAUGUCGGAUGCACCUUUGCUCAAAACCUAAUCGUUGGCAAUACAUAUUACGUCUAUAAUAACGAAUAUCCAUAUCAGUACGAAGGACAGCAUAAUUGCGCGUGGACCCUAAAAAGUGACUACCGUGUAAACUUGCAUUGUACCACAUUCGAACUACCCUGGACUGUAAAUUGCAUUGGAGAUAUACUGACGGUCCAAACUAAUUCUACCACCUCGCAUAAAUAUUGUGGAAAUGGCGCUUUCAAUAUAACAUCCACUGAUCCCACGAUGGUGGUGAAGUUGUCAACAUCUGUAUUCUCGACGGGUGGUCGAUUCCUUUGCGAGGCAAGGGCGCUUGAGAGACCGCAGGAUUCUCAGGACUGCCGAUGUGGAUGGAAAAAUCCUACAAGAAUCGUCGGUGGAGUGGAAGCGGGUGUAAACGAAUUUCCAAUGAUGGCCGGCUUGAUCGACGUCACGAUCCUCGGAGUGUGGUGCGGAGGUACAAUAAUAUCAAACAGAUACGUACUCUCAGCAGCUCACUGUGUCUAUAAGAGAAACACCUCAGAUUUUGGUGUCCUAGUGGGCGAUCAUGAUAUAUCCAUAGGUAACGAUACCAAUGCCGCGGUGUUGCAUAAAGUGAUUCAAUUUCUCAUACACCCUGACUAUAGGAAUAGAGGAAAUUUUAACGAUAUGGCUCUCGUGAAGACGGAGACACAAAUUGUUUUUAAUAAUCGAGUUGGACCGGCCUGUCUACCGUUUCAACAUCAGCCGGAUACCUUUGGAGGCAAUUUCGUUGAAGCGUUGGGUUGGGGAUCAAGGGAAUUCGGCCAAGGUCCCUCAGAUACCCUCCAGAAGGUCACUCUAAGCAUAUGGACAAACCUAGAGUGUUCGAAAGUAUACCCAAACGUCACCAGAGCUAGCCUUUGCACUUACGGCAAAGGCAAAGACGCCUGUCAGUUUGACAGUGGCGGUCCAGUGUUGUGGCAGAACCCUACCACCAAGAGACUUGUACUUGUAGCAGUCAUCAGCGCAGGUACAGACUGUGGUGUCACCGCUGGUCUAAAUACCAGAGUCGGUGCUUACUUAGACUGGAUCGUAUCAGCGACUUCAGAUUCCUCAUAUUGCAUCAGUGAAUAAACAUGGUUGACUUCUUCAUCUCUUCGUCCCGUUUCGUCCACGUAUCAGGACAGUUUUCAUUAUCUUUUCAUUACAGAGGACAGCACGUUCUUGAAGAUCGUUGAUUGCGACGAACGUAAGUAGAUAUAGGGUUAUCGAUCGGAAUUCAACAUUAUUAAUAUUACCCAUUAAUUUUUCCUAGAACCGUUACGGAAAAAUCUAUAGACAAUAUUAAUAAUGUCGAAUUCCGAUCGAUAACCGUACACGUACGUACGUACGUCGCAAUCAAUGACCGAUUUUCGAGGACGUGUAUAUCCGUCCUUUGCUAUGAAAAGAUAAUGAGAACAGUCACUCGUACAUAUGAUAUAUCAUCGAUUCACGUUCAUCAUGCAGCUGCAACAAGCAGUUUGCCGUGUA